GCCAAGCGCGUUUGAAUGCCUUUGUUACCAGGCCACACAUAAGGCUACAAACCAUUAUCAUUAAAUUGCGCUUAGGUCUAGCGACGGAGACCCCGAGUGCAAACAAAAUGCAAAAAGUCCUGGUCGGAUUAGGUAGCACGUGACAAGGAUACUUUGGCCUUUGUGACUCAUGCCCUCCCUGGGCUGUCGCGCGGGGUCCUCGACUCCGCUUUAUAAGGUCCUGUCCAUUUCCGGCUUAGCAACGGCCUUUUGGCGCGCGCUACGCUCCCAGCUGUACCUUCACGCCAGGAGCUCCCCAGCGCUCGCCUGCAGGCGCACAGCGACGCAGACCGGCUGGUCGGCGCCGCAUCCAUUGCCAACGACCCCGCUGGCGACAUCAUCCCUUCGGCCCGCUACCGCGGCCAUCACUUGUUCCUCCCCGUUAACGCAUCAGCCACCUCUACCAUCGCACCUCCUACCCCGUUCUUGCGACAUCAUCAUCUGCAGCAGCAGCACCAGCACCAGCAGCUUUAGGAAGCUCCGUACGGCUCCUCCUCUCACCUGCCGUACAGCUGUCACCACCUGCUCUGCCGUACCGCACCCCCUUCGUUGCCCCCUAGUCCCCACCACCUCCACCACACCUGCUACCGCCCCCACACUCACCACCUCCACCUCCGCCUCCAUCACAGCCGCCGCAGCUGCACCCUGGGGAAGGAUGCUGCCUCACUCGUAUGACCCUGACCCCGACCCGUCACAGCAGCAGCAGCAGCAGCAGCAGCAGCAGGCCCUGCACCCACAUAGGGCCCAUGCAGCACCCCCCCACCAACCCCACCACCAACCCCACCGCCCCCACCAACCCCACCACCCCCAGCAGCAGCAGCGGCCGCCCAACCGGCUAGCCGCGGAGCAGUCUCCCUACCUGCUGCAACACGCGCACAACCCGGUGGACUGGUUCCCCUGGGGCGCGGAGGCCUUCUCCCGCGCCGCAGCCGCCGACAAGCCCAUCUUCCUGAGUGUGGGUUACGCCACCUGCCACUGGUGCCACGUCAUGGAGCGGGAGAGCUUCCAGGACGAGGAGGUGGCGCAGCUGCUGAACAGCCACUUCAUUGCCGUCAAGGUAGACCGCGAGGAGCGCCCCGACGUGGACCGACUGUACAUGACCUACGUGCAGGCGGUGAGCGGCAGCGGCGGCUGGCCCAUGAGCGUGUGGCUGACCCCCUCCCUGGAGCCCUUCUACGGGGGGACAUACUUCCCGCCAAAGGACCGGUUCGCGGGCGGGGUGCUGGUGCAGCCUGGCUUCCCCACCGUGCUGCGCCGCAUCGCCUCGCUGUGGGGCGCCAAGCGGCAGGACGUGAAGGGCAAGGCCGCCCUAACCAUGGCUCAGCUCACCGAGGCCCUCGCUCCCCACCCACCGUCCCACCCACCCCACAAGCCCUCCACCUCACGACAACAGCAGCACCAGCACCACCACCAAGCGUCCCCCGCCGGACCCUCCACCGCUGCCGCCUCCGCCGCCUCCGCCGCCUCCGCCACCUCCUCCGUCGACGCCGCGCCCCUCUCUCCCCCCUCCUCCUCCGCCUCCCCCUCCUCCUCCUCCUCCUCCACCUUCACCCCCUUCUCCCCGGCUCUGGCAGCCGCUGCUGUGGAGGCGUGUGCAGCCGACCUGGCUCGGCGGUACGAUGCGGAGUGGGGCGGGUUCGGGGGGGCGCCCAAGUUCCCGCGACCCUCCGAGCUGAACCUGCUGCUGCGCGCGCAGCUGAGGCACCAGGAGCUGGGUGACACCGCGGGUUCGGGCCGGCUGCGGCGCAUGGCGCUGCACUCGCUGGGCGCCAUGGCGGCGGGGGGGCUGUACGACCAGAUUGGGGGCGGCUUCCACCGCUACUCAGUAGAUGAGCUGUGGCACGUGCCGCACUUUGAGAAGAUGCUGUACGACAACCCCCAGCUGGCCGCCACCUACCUGGCGGCAGUCCAACUGACGGGGGAGGACCAGUAUGCCAGGGUGGCUCGAGGGGUGUUGGACUACCUACUACGAGACCUCUCCUCGCCGCAGGGCGGUCUCUACUCGGCGGAGGACGCGGACAGCCCCGACCCGCGGGUCGCCAGCCGGCAGGGGGGAGGCCUGCAGGAGGAAGAGGGGCAGCCGGGGGGUUACGAGGGUGUGGGGGUGGGAGGAGGAGCAGGAGGGGGAGGGGAGGAGGGGGAGGCGGAGCGGAAGGAGGGCGCCUUCUACCUAUGGGACGUGGGGGAGAUCCAUGCCGUACUAGGUCCGGAUCUGGGCGCCCUCUUCUGCUUGGUGUACGGCAUUGAGGAGGAGGGCAACUGCAGCCGCUCCGACCGCUCCGACCCGCAUGGCGAGUUUGAGGGACUCAAUGUGCCGUACCUUGCCGUACCGCCCGGGGAGGCGGCUCGGCGGCUGGGACUGGGAGGGGAAGGGGGAGGGGAGAUGUCGUACUCUGGGAAGGGGGAGGAGGAAGGGGAGGCAGGCGGGGAGGAGGUGGAUGUGGAGAGGUGGCUGGCGGAGGCGCGGGAGGCGCUGCACGCGGUGAGGGCGGCUCGGCCCCGGCCUGCGCUGGACGACAAGAUUGUGACCGCAUGGAACGGACUGGCCAUCGGCGCAUUCGCACUGGCGGGUCGAGUGCUGGCGGGGGAGCGGCCGGACAAGGUCCAGCGCCUCUUCCCCUCCGAGGGCCGCCCCCCCGCCCACUACCUGGCCACCGCACAGCGGAUCGCGGGCUUCGUACGACAGCACCUGUGGCUGGACGGCAGGCUGCGGCGGAGCUACUGCCGGGGACAGCCCUCCGCAGUACAGGGAUUCGCUGACGACUACGCGGCCCUCGUUUCGGGGCUGUUGGACCUGUUUGAGUGCGGCGGCGGGCGGCAGUGGCUGGAGUGGGCGGUGCAGCUGCAGGCGGUCCAGGAUGAGUUGUUUUGGGACGAGCAGUCGGGCGGCUACUUCGCAACCACGCACCCCGCCUCGCCGGGCGCCGACCCGUCCAUACGCAUCCGCAUCAAGGACGACUACGACGGAGCCGAACCCGCCGCCUCCUCCCUCGCCGCCGCAAACCUCCUCAGGCUAGCGGAAAUGCUACCGCAACGACCAACCGUCUCAACAACCACCUCCUCCACUGUCGCUACCACUGCUACUGCCGGCCGUACGGCACCACAGCUCAUGUCGUACGACGAAACCGCCAACCGCACCCUGGCCGCCUUCUCCUCCCGCCUCAGUCAGUCGCCUCUGUCGGUGCCUCAGCUGUGUUGCGCCGCGCACAGCCUCAGCAAGCGCCCGUUUCGCCAGGUUAUCAUCGCGGGCCAGCCAGGCGCCCCGGACACCUCCGCCCUGCUGGAUGCCGUACACUCGUGCUACUGCCCGGACAAGGUGGUGCUGCUGGUGGACCCGGCCGACCCACGGGACAUGCGGUUCUGGGCGGCACACAACCCCUCCGUGCACCACAUGGUGGCGGCGCACUUCGCAGCACCCGCCUCUGCCGCCGCCUCCAGCACCGCUCCCCUCUCCAGCACCAUCCCCCCCGCCGCCACCGCCUUCAUCUGCCAGUGCUUCACCUGCCAGGCGCCAACGGGGGAUCCGGCAAGAGUGAGGGAGCUGCUGGGCAGGGUGCAGACCCCGCCGAGUACCGCGCAGCUAGCCCAACUCGACCUCAAGCUGUGAAGGCAAGGAGGCAGCGGAGAGGGCUGCUGCUGCUGCUGCGGAGGCGGUGGCGGCAGUGAAAGCAACCACGUGUUGAGCGAGGUCUGAGGAGGCAGCUGUCAUGAUGGGGGGUUGGCUCUGCAUGGCUUGUGUAGAGGUCCUACCUAGCUUCUGGGGGUUUGGCUCUGGCCGCUGUGAGUUGCCGAACGAGGGGGUGGGGGAGCACAGCGGCUGUGUUUUGGGUAUGUGACACACAUGACCCACGGGUCGCACGAGGAUGUUGUUGAUGCGCGCUGUUGAUGCGCCAUCCGACUCCCAUACAUGAAUACAAUAUGCACACAUACAUACAUACAUGGUAAUAAUGGCGUUGUGUUACAGUUGGGCAGUUCGUUGGCAGUUCGUUGUUGGGCUGUUGAUUGCAUUCGGUUGCCUGUCAAGCUAUGACCGCCUCUUGGGUCCGAGGUGAGGGGGGUGAGGGCGAGUUGCCGUACGGCACCUAAUGCAUGAUAUAAUAAAAACCUAGAUGGGCUGCUUAAACCCUAUGAUGCGGGCAAGAGCUAGCAGCUAGCGGUCUUCUUGGGCGGCCAUUGGGGAG